AUGGCACAAGUCAUCUGUCUUGGACUCUGCCUGUUGGGCUGCCUGGUCCUUAACCCUUUGGUGGAAGGUGCCAACAAUGCCACGGCAGCCUCUCGAUCUGUUUGCAGCAGUGGCAUCCUCUACUACAAACGGUACUGCUACCAGCUGGUUAACAGUUACCUCUCCUGGGAAUCGGCAGAAAUCAAGUGCCAGGAGUUGAACCCUGAUGCUCAGCUGGCUUCCAUUCUUUCCGCAAACGAGGGGAACAUCAUUUACAAUUACCUGAAACGCUUCAACAUUGACAGCGUCUGGAUCGGUCUGCAGGCAACACCCAUCAACGGGUAUAUGAUCUGGCAAUGGAGUGAUGGCUCUUCUUGCACGUCACCUCUCUGGGAUGGCAGGAGCCCCAGCUUGAGCAUCUCCUCAAACAAGUGCAUCUCCCUCUAUAACGUCCAGUACUCAAGCGAGGUAUUAGACCUGUGGAAGAUGCCCAGUGUCCAGGAUCUAAAAGGAUCAUACCCCUCCAAUGACCAGAGAGGAUCCAGCUACUUUGGACAACACAUCCGAUUCUUCGGCCCUGCGGUGUCAAGGGACUGA